UUGAUCCAGGCCUUAAAGCACAUUAUUUAAUACAGUGCUUGAGAGGAAAGGCCAAGAGAGCGGUUUUGGGUUAUCGACCGAUAGCCGAACAUUAUGAACCGCUGAAAGACGCAUUAAAAAGGCAGUUCGGCAAUGAAAGAGCUAUAAGAGAUACGCUUCAUGCCGAAUUGAUAAGCCUUCCUGUGGCAAAUGAGUCUGUUUAUUCCCUUCGUUCAUACGUUGAGGAAGUUGAAAGAAUUUGUAGAUCCCUCACAGCGAUGGGAAAAGUCGAAGAUGAAUCUAUAGUUAUGAUGGCAAUUAAGAAUAAAUUGCCAAAAAAUAUUAUUUUAGAAUUAUUAAAAAAGGAAAAGGAGACAAAAGCGAUUUGGAAUGUAGAUGAAUUAAGAAAAGGUUUAGAAGAAAUAGUAACGCUUAGAGAAGAAGUACAAAGGUGUGCUCAAACAUUUUCUAAGAGCGUUAAUUAUGGUCAACAAAGGUUUGGAAAUAAUUGGAAUAAUAAUAGAGGAUUUAAUCAAAAGCAAGUUAAUUUUAGAAAGGAAAAUUUUGAUCGUGUAUUUGCAGUACAAUCAGGUGAUGAUAAGGCCAAAAAUAACAAGAAGUUUGAGAUCUUUUGCUAUUUUUGUCAUGGAAAUCAUCACGCUGAAAAAUGCGAAAUAA